AAAGCGUGAAAGCCACAUACAUAACCCACCCGGUUCUAGUCCGGGUUAUUACCAACCCAGAUUUCUUCUGCUUAAUCACUCACUCUCGUCAAUGGAGAACGACGACACGAUUAACGGCAGCUCCGAUGCGGCCCAGAAACUCACACGUCAUGCGGACGUUGGUGGAGGACAGGAAGACGCAAACGCUGGAAAUGGUGAUGAGCCGCGCGAGCCGGAGCCGUCUGAUCGUCGGAAGGAGAUUCUGAAAGCUCUGGCGGCGGUGGAGAGAGAUUCCGCUGCGAUAGCCGAGAGCUUCUCCUCUCUAUUCGCUUCUCUCCGUUUGUCACUCUCCCAGGCUACUAGCUCUACAGUUGAUCAUAUGAACUGCUUCAGUGAUGCGGCGGGUCGCCUUCAAGAAUGUGUGCUAGAUGCAUCAACAAAAGGAAAUCGGUACAUAAAUUCUUGUCUAAGAUUAAAUGAAGAAAUGAAAGGAAUGGAUGCUCUCGCCACACAGCUAAAAGUUCUCAGGAGGCAUGUUGAUGCACUGGACUCUGCUGUAAAUAGAAUUGUUCGAAUCCCUUGAAGCUAUGAAAUUGAUCCAAUGGAAACUCAAGUAUUUCUUA